AUGUCCACAUCUCGUUCUUGGAAGUGGCGUGACAGUGUGAACGGCAGUGUGAACGGCAGUGUGAACGGCAGUGUGAACGACAGUGUGAACGGCAAAGCAAGGUUACUCAGUGAAGGAUUCGGACAAAAGACCUAUACACCCAUCAACAUGUCAGCUCGGCUCCACCUGCUGACGCUCCUGCUGGCGGCGGUGUCAGCGGCCGCGACCCAGACCACGGUGCAGACGGAGAGCAGCAACAGCAGAAGGUCCUCGAGCCUCGUGCAGGAGAAGGCGGCCCUCACGCCCGACGCUGCUGAGCCCCUGGUGGAGGUCCCGAUGUGCUGCGGGAUCGACCAGGUCUUCAGCAUGUCCGGGAUGAGCUGCGAGCCCGCGAGAUCGAAGCCCGAGGUGGCCUUCCAUCACGAGGACGGCAAACCAGUGGAGUACCAGUUUGCCUUCAACGUUACUGUAGGAUUCCCCAACUGCACCUUCUACAGUCUACAGCCCACCAUUGAGCCAUCUGACGAGUUCUUCCUGCUGCCAGAUGAUGUUAGUAUUGUUUUUUUACAGAUGGUUCGUAUUUUGCCAGAUGGUUCGUAUUUUUACACGGAGAAUCACUUUGAGAUUGUAUCUUUGUCGCCUCCUGGUAUCUGCGGGAGACAAGAAGAAGCUGGACAAGGAGAAGUUCUGUCUCCUGGCCACCGAGGAGGAAGUGGAGGCGAUCGUGUGUUUUCCAGAAACUCCGAGCCGACCUUCCACCACUUCGUGUACCAGACCCUCUACCCCAUCGGCAUGAUCAUUUCCUCCAUCUUCCUGGCACUGACCCUCUUCGUCUACUGCCUGGUGGUGGAGCUCAGGGACCUCCUCGGCCGAUGCCUGAUCUGCGCCGUGGCCUCCCUGUGCCUGGCCCAGAUCUCGACGGUGGUGGUGCAGCUGGCCACCCACAAGCUGUCCAUGACGGAGUGUAUUUUCACCGCCGUGAUGAUGCACUUCUGGUACAUGGCGGCCUUCUUCUGGCUCAACGUCAUCUGCUUCAACGUCUUCCUCACGGUCUG